GAACAGAGCACAACGAGAAACAGCAAUCUGAGGCUAAACAAGAGAGAAGAGCUUCAUUCUAAGACACCAGAAACAUAGCAGCACAUCUACUCUCUAAAGCAAGAGACCAGCCUUGAGCUGCUUUUGCCACUUGGAAGCACGAGGAGAUCGAAUCCCACAACUUCUCCUGAUAUUCACUUGGAUAAACCAUCGAAUACAUCUUGCAGUAGUUUAGCAAUAUGAUCAGCGGGAUGGACUUCUACCAGGACUCGAGUUAUUCAAAAUGUUCCGACUAUGCGGACUUCAAAGUAAUACAAGAGAGCUUGGACAACCAGACUAGCCAUGUUAUUUGUCCAAAGCUUGAAAAGGACUCUACCACCGAGUUUAGGCAAGCUGAGGAAUUCGUAGAGGCAGCUCUCUGUGGUGAACAAUCUGAAUUCAACAUUAUGGGACAGCAACAGGCCUCCUCCACUAAUCCACCUUCACCACUAAACUAUAUUGGUAGCUUCAGCAUUCAAACAACACCUGAGAGUACCGACUGCCCAGAAGCACUCCUUAGCCUAAUGACAGGGGCUCUUGAAAUCUCUACACUUCCUCUCCUCGCUGAUUUGUUCCCGGUGGAGCCUGAAUCAGAUCACUCACUUUCUGACCCAGCACAUCUUUUUAAUGACUUAUUUCCUCGCCGACCUACCCCUCAGCUUCACGCAUCAGCUCCCGAGCUGCACUUUGUUGGACGCAGUUAUUCGGACUGUUCCCUUUCAGAUGACGGUUUGCAAGCCCAGACUUCCUUCAGUCAGCCAUGUACUCCUUCACAUUCCCAAAGCCUGUAUGACUUGACAUCUAUUCCGCAGCAACAGUCAGAAUCCUCCCAGCUCUUUGCAACAUCUGCACAGGAUGUCUGCAAGCCAGACUGCUAUCCACCGUGGGAAACUAUUGGUAAGCAAGAAUACAUACCUUUGAACUAUCAGUCUGAAGUAUUCAGCAUCGUUGAUAGCCAAAGAGCUUCCCUCCCCCAACUGCUGUCAAGAGGUAGUUUGGAAAGUAUGUCUCCUAUGAGCUGCCAGUCAGAGGUUUUAAGCAAUCCGGAGGAGUCCUCCACCUUUACCUCACAAUCCACUUUCUUCACCCACCAGGACUCUUUCCAGUGCCAGACUAGCCCCGUGCUCAUCAACAAUGAUUUUACUGAUAACAGGGAUUGCAUGUCCACCCCACAACUCAUUGAACAUCUCGAAUCCUCACAGGCCCAAUCAGAGAAUAUUCAAAACUUUAUUGGUAAUCCCAGUGAACUAAUCUUCCAGCCUCAGCUCGUCAACCCAAUAGACUUCAUAUACCAGUCUUCCAUGCUGAACACUACAGGCAUUGUUACCUUCAAAAAUAACUUAGGUGUGUCUAGGAGAACACCGCGUACGAAGAAAUGUUUGACUCAACCCGGUAGUGGUCUGCCUAAGGAGAAGCCCUUCUCCUGUCCAAUGGAGAACUGUACCAGAAGCUUUUCACGCUCUGAUGAGCUAAACCGGCACCUGAGAAUUCACACGGGCCACAAGCCAUUCAAGUGCCAGAUCUGCCUGAGGAGUUUCAGCCGCAGUGACCACCUUACCACCCACGUCCGCACCCACACCGGGGAAAAGCCCUUCUCCUGUGACACCUGUGGCAAGAGGUUUGCCAGAAGUGACGAGAGGAAGCGGCACGGAAAGGUUCAUCUGAAACAGAAAGUAAAAAGUGAGGACAACCUGACAACUAUUGGCAUGUAUCAGCUGCCAGUACCCCAAGUGCUGUGAGGUUACUGCAGGGCACUGAGAGCAAUAAUCUUCUGUGAAACAACUAUGGCCAGAUGUCGCUAUAACGAGUGACACCCAGUGGCAAGAAAGGCAGACCGAGAUCUUGCUGAAGCUUGCUGUCUGUGAGGGAAGCUGUUGGUUUCAGCACCACAAGUGAUGGAGAGCUCCCAGAUCCCGAUUUAGUGUGGGCAGCUGAGUGCAGUGUCUUCAGCACCAAGGGGAGCGGAAAGCUAGCAGCGCAGAGGUCAAAUUGCAAAAGCAAUAUGGAGCAGGCAGUCUGAACCCUCCACAUCCAUUCACUUAUAUCGUGUGAGGAGCCAAAAAAGCUCUCACUGACGUGGGGUUACUACUUCCAAUAUCCUGCACCGUUUGGGUUUGUGAACUUAAUUAAGGACUUGAAUUAAGAAAUUCAGUGACUUUAUGAGACAAAACAAUGGGUCCAAAGAAUAACUGUCCCUAGAUUUAAACAAAAAGACUUGAAUAGUGCACCUAAUGUUAAUACCUAACGUUGAGAGUAACAAUAAAUGAAACAAGUAACUUAUAAAGUAUAGAAAACUUAUUUUUUUAUUCAUACAUAUUUAUUUAUUACAUAAUAACUCUAGUUUAUAUCAGACUUUUUAUGCUGAUAAAAUGCAGCAAAUGUUUAAAUUGUAUACUAAAAGUUAUUUUUGUAAUAAACAUGAUAUAUAUUGCUUUAA